AUGUUGUAUGACUAUUUCUAUUUGUGUCCAUAUACUAUUGAGGAUCUUAAGAUACAUACUUGUAUAAUUUAUGCCAAUACUUCUACUAGUACUCAUUCGGAUAUAAUAUAUAAAACCGAAGGGUGUAGCAACGAUGAUGGUGAUAAUGGUGGUACUGAUAACAAUGAUGGAGCCAACGAGGAGGAGGAAAGUUUUGAAUUAGAAGAAGAAAUACAACAUAUUGAAAAACUAAUGAGAAAUUCAAAUGAUGCUAUGAUUUUAGAUGAAAAACUUCCUUAUUCUGAAAAAGAGAAAAAUUCACACUUAAAUGAUCUAAGAAAGGAUCCUCAUGUUAAAGAAUUUUUUGAAGGGAAAACUCCUAAUGUAAGCGAUUUACCAGAGUUAAAUAAAGCUCUUGUAGAAUCUAGGAAUGAAAAAAUAAAAGAAUUAUCUGAAGCUAAAAAUUAUGCUAAUGAUGAAUCAUCUACUAAUUCUCUAAGAGAUCUAUCUAAUUCAAGUUUGCAUCAAUCAGAUAAUACUUUAAACAAAGAAGAUAAUCAUAACUAUUCGGGUUAUAAAGUAUUACCUAGUUUAUUAGAAACUAUAAUAGAAAUUUUAAAUAAACUAUUCGGGUUAUAA